UUAAAUGAAGCGCAGACAGGAAGAUAGUUGGGGGGAAAAGUAGAGAGGGAGACCUCAGAGUGAGCUGGAAAGAUAAUAAGGGAGGAAAGAGAAAAGAAGAGUGUGAGGAACCAGGUUGAAACAGGAAUGAAGUAUCCUCGCACUCCUCAGAGUAAAUCUCUGUUAGAUAUGGAAGUAGCCAACUACAGUGAAGGCCUGGAUCCCUCGUACAGCACCCUGGGCUUUGAGAAUGCAGAUGUGCUGUGUGGUGGAGGAGACAGCAUGCCAACAGAGCCAAGUCUGCCCGGUCCAGACGGAGUCAGCAGUAACUGUGCGAUCUGUGGAGACAAAGCCACGGGGAAACAUUACGGAGCGUCCAGCUGUGACGGCUGCAAAGGCUUCUUCAGACGCUCCAUACGCAAGAACCACGUCUACACCUGCAGGUUCAGCAGGCAGUGCAUUGUGGAUAAAGAUAAGAGGAACCAGUGUCGUUUCUGCAGACUCAACAAAUGCUUCCGAGCUGGCAUGAAAAAAGAAGCUGUUCAGAACGAGAGAGAUCGGAUCAGCUCUCGUAGAAACAUUCCUGACUCCCAAGACCUGCCGCCCAUCACGAUUCUGGCUCAGGCAGAGUCGCUGUCCCAACAGAUCACUGCUCCAGUUGCAUUGGCAGACUUAUCGGAGCAGAAGUCGGCCACGGUUGGGGACCUGUGCGAGUCGAUGAGACAGCAGUUACUGGUUUUGGUUGAAUGGGCCAAAUACAUUCCUACCUUUGGAGAGCUGCCACUGGAUGACCAGGUGAGCUUGCUCAGGGCUCACGCGGGCGAACACCUCCUGCUCGGGGUCGCUAAAAGGUCAAUGGCGUUCCAGGACUUCUUGCUAUUAGGUAACGGCUGCGUGAUCCACAGAAACAGCCCUGAACCAGAGAUAUGCCGGGUGGCCAACAGAGUGCUGGACGAGCUGGUCCAGCCCUUCCAGAAUAUUCAAAUAGACGACAAUGAGUACUCAGCACUCAAGGCGAUUGUCUUCUUUGACCCAGAUGCAAAGUCUUUGCGGGACCCCUCGAAGAUCAAGGCCAUCCGUCUGCAGGUUCAGAUGAGUCUGGAGGACUACAUUAACGACCGUCAGUACGACUCCAGGGGUCGCUUCGGAGAGCUGCUGCUCCUGUUGCCCACCCUGCAGAGCAUCACCUGGCAGAUGAUCGAACAGCUCCAGUUCAUUAAGCUGUGCGGCCUGGCCAAGAUAGACAACCUGCUGCAUGAGAUGCUGCUGGGAGGCUUGACAUCGGAGCCCAAUCACCUGCACCACGCAGCACACGCCCAGCUGGCCCAGGACCCUAUGACCGGACACACACUGGUCAUCGGCACCAUGCCCGUCAGUCACACUCCACAGAUAGCCUCUCCCGACACUCCCAUCCCGUCGCCCCCGCAGGGUCCUGUCCCAGAGAUGUAUAAACACUUUCCCCAGCCGCUUUGUCCUCCGACCAGCCCCUCACAGACAGACCCCUGACACC